AUCUUCCUCCUUUCUCAAUCCUAAAUUCUUCUUCCUUUCGAAUUUUCAUUAACCAAAUCCCAAUUCUCCAGGACAAAGAAAAAAGCUUUCUCCUUUUUCGGAAUCAUUUGUUCACUUUCCCGGAGGAAAAAAAUCCAUACUUGCAUGCUCUGAAGACUCUGAAAUGCAAUCAACACAUCGGAUUUUGUCUCGCCUCCUUCAUUCUCCAGGAAAAGGUUACAUCAGAGCAAGUGUCGGUGGCUCAGUUCACUUUUUGGCGUUAUUCGACGAGAAAAACGAUGGAUUUGUAGAUACUCAUCGGAGUUUUAGUUCUCUUAUCCAUUCCAAUUCUCACUUAAGAAGGUUUAUCUCCACCAAUUGUUCAAACAAAGGUCUUGGUGUGCGAUGUUCUGUUUCGCUUGAUAGGGAAACACCCUUAAUUGAUACCUACUCCUCUCACCGGAAUUUCUUCACUCGGGCGAAACAAGUGAAGAGAAUUGAGAUCAAUGAUCAACACAGUCAAAGAGCUGUCACCACUGCACUAUGGUGCAACUUCCUCGUGUUUUCACUUAAGUUUGGGGUUUGGUGGACAAGUUCUAGCCAUGUCAUAAUGGCUGAAGUAGUUCACUCCGUCGCUGAUUUUGCUAACCAGGCACUUCUUGCUUAUGGGCUUAGUAGCUCAAGGCGUGCACCAGAUGCCCUUCAUCCCUAUGGCUACUCAAAAGAAAGAUUUGUAUGGUCCUUGAUAUCUGCUGUUGGCAUCUUUUGCCUUGGGUCUGGUGCUACCAUAGUCAAUGGAGUACAGAACUUGUGGACUUCUUCGCCACCUCCGAAUAUGGAAUAUGCUGCUUUGGUAAUUGGUGGUUCUUUUAUAAUUGAAGGUGCUUCGCUUCUCGUUGCGAUUCAAUCUGUCAAGAAAGGAGCUGCUCAAGAAGGGAUGACCAUAAGAGAUUAUAUAUGGCGUGGACAUGAUCCUACUUCUGUUGCUGUUAUGACUGAGGAUGGCGCUGCAGUGGCAGGUUUGGCAAUUGCUGCCGCAUCUCUUGUUGCUGUUAGGAUGACAGGAAAUCCUAUCUAUGAUCCUAUAGGAUCAAUUGUAGUCGGAAAUUUACUUGGAAUGGUCGCUAUAUUUCUCAUUCAACGAAACCGACAUGCCUUGAUUGGAAGAGCAAUGGAUGAUCAAGACAUGAGUAAAGUUCUUAAAUUUUUGAGGAAUGACACGGUUGUAGAUGCUUUAUAUGACUGCAAAAGUGAAGUGAUUGGUCCUGGAUCCUUCAGAUUUAAAGCUGAAAUAGAUUUCAACGGGCAGAUGGUUGUCCAAAACUAUCUGAAGAGAACUGGGCGUGAAGAGUGGGCAAAACUGUUUCGGGAGGCCGCAAAGAAAGGAGAUGAUUCUGCAAUGCUCAAGAUUAUGUCAAACUACGGUGAGGAAGUUGUCACAGCUUUAGGAAGUGAAGUAGACCGGUUAGAGAAAGAGAUUCAAGAGCUUGUCCCAGGAAUCCAGCAUGUUGACAUUGAAGCACACAACCCCACAGACCCAUCUCUAUGAUCUGAAAAAGAAACUCGCUUAAUUCAAGGUCGGAUUAUCGAUACAUUCUUUUGUUCCAUUAUCUUGGCUGAAGAAAUGCAAGCCACAAGUAUGAUUGUGGUGAAUCCUGGCCUCUUGGAGAAAUAGAAGAAUGUUAUUUCA